AUGCUGGAUUAUGAAGUUACAAAUGGUCUCACAAGAGAAAACAUUAAUCCAUACAAGAUUCCAUUUCUGGAUGAAGCACAGAGCAGAUCUACUAAGGUUUCCAGGAAAUCCUUGCAGAAGAGAGUGUUGCAGAAAAAAAAGUUCUCUUACCAAAUUUUUAAAUUUUCAAAUCUAGCACUUCAAAUUAUAAGUCAAAAUGAGAUUUACAAUUACAGCCGACCACAAUUUGCUUGGAAUCAAAGAAGCAUCGAGAGAGUCAGAAGCAAGAUGCGAUAUUAUAAUCCUUUCAAGUCCUUACCCUCCUCAACUCAGCAGUUGUCACUUCUUUGCCUACUCUCUUUGGAUAAUUGCAAAUUGACAAAAGAUGUAUCUAUGAUUGGAACACUUAACAAGCUUGAAAUUUUAACUCUAAGAAUGUCAGAGAUCACAUCACUGCACGGUAAGUUUUGCAAACUUGAAAGAGCUACGGAUUUUACACAUUACAUUAUCUCUUCAAUUGUUGCUCCUAAUUGGGAGAAAUUUGAUAUAUGUGUUAGUGAUUCAAGGAACCGCAGGUUUGCCUACGCAACACAAGGGGUUUCAUUUACUAGAGUGUUGGCCACUGGUGUGAAGUUGGAAGCAUUUCCAGAAUGGUUUAGGCAGGCUGUAGCAGGAAAAGUGGAGAAGCUGAGCUACCAAUUAUGCGAGAAUUUGAGCAAUAUUCUAGAAGAAUACCAUCAUGGAAAUUUUGAUGUAGUGAAAUCUCUUUAUGUAGACCAAUGCGCUGACGUUGCCCAAUUGAUAAAAUUGGGAAAUGGAUCACUAAAUCAACCAGUAUUCCCUCAACUAGAGAAGCUGAAUAUUCACCACAUGCAAAAGAUCAGAAGGACUCUGGAGGUCGGAGAGGGUCCUAAUUUGAAAGAUUCACUCCUUCCUCCUAAUUUAAUUCAAAGAAGGCCAAAUCUUGAAGAAGUUCAGGUAACAGGGACCUCAAUCAAGGCUGUGUUUGGAUUUGACGGCCUCACAGUCCAUGGUGGACAAUUAAGGAAGUUGAAGAAAUUGACACUGCACAAUCUCUCUCAACUAACUAACCUAUGGAAGGGUCCUAGUGAAUUAGUUAUGUUCCACAGGCUAGAAGUUGUUAAAGUGUCACAAUGUGAAAACCUCAGGUAUAUCUUCCCUUACGCCGUUUGUGAUUACCUUUGUCAUUUACAAGUAGUAUGGCUAGAAGAUUGCAGUAGCUUCGAGAAAACGAUAGGUGGCCACACAGAUGAAAAUGGAGUUCAUGAAGUACCGGAAAGCAUAACUCUCCCAAGACUAACUACUUUGAGGCUUCGACUUCUACCACAUCUCACUGAUUUCUACAUUCAAGAAGCAUACUUACGUUGCCCUGAAUUGCAAAGACUGCAUAAACAGGAUUGCGAAAGAUUGAGAACUAACCUCUCUGAUUACUAUAGUGAUCAGGAAAUCCAAGAGAAGAAGAGCAGUUGA